AUGCUCUCUUCAAGUCCUGCUUCCUGCACUUCUCCCAACCCGGAGAGGGAGAACCCAAGGAAGAAGGUCCAGUGGGCUCCUGGGAGGAGGAGACUAUCAUCCACAGACUCAGAGUUAAAGUCGCAUCCGGACCCCUCCAAAGUGCCCAGGUCCCGGAGACCAAGCCGCCUGACAGUGAAGUAUGACCGAGGGCAGCUCCAGCGCUGGCUGGAGAUGGAACAGUGGGUGGAUGCACAGGUUCAUGAACUCUACCAGGAUCAACCAGCCCCUUCUCAGCCUGAGAUUGACUUGGAGGCUCUCAUGGAUGUACCCACAGAAGAGCAGAAGACCCAUCUGGAGGUUAUUCUCCAAAACUGCCUCCGCCCCACAGAGUCUUUUAUCUCUGAGCUACUCAGUCAACUCAAGAAUCUCCGGAGACUCAGCAGACCUCAGAAAUAA